AUUAGCUAAGAAGAAAAUUUCUUUCAUCUUUCUUCAUUGCUCCCUAGAUUUGGAGCCAUUUUUCACUUUCAUUUCCCUCCACAGAUCUUCACAAAUCCAAAACCCUAAUUCAUGUAUAUAUACACCCAUUUCUCCGGCCUCCGAUUUCAGAAAUUCUCAGUUUGGAACGGCCUGUAGAGAUUCUAGAAAGUUCGAUUUUUUUUUGUGGUUUUCAAAAGUUGAUGGAUGAUCGAUAUGCGUCAACUGCGUAGUGCUGUGCGUAAAGGCCGUCAACCGAUUGCUCAGAACGUACCACACGCGCCGUCACCGGGAAACGACGAACCGCACGCGCCGAUUACAAGGUUGAGGAGGAAAGGUACAGGGAAUAGAGCGGGAGGAGGGAGGAAGAAGAAAAACGACGUUGUGAGUGGUGAUGAUGUUUUGAAGGAAACGACGUGGCACAGAACUGGUGAAGAGGAAAAGGAGGAGGAGAAGAUGGAUGAGUAUGAGAGUGGUGGAGGAAGUGGUAAUAAAGGUUUAGCAGCUGCAGAGGAUGAAGGCAACACUCCUCCAUUGCCUGAAAGGGUCCAGGUUGGUGGAUCACCAGCUUAUAGGAUUGAGAAGAAGCUUGGUAAAGGAGGAUUUGGUCAAGUGUAUGUAGGUCGUCGUGUAAAUACAACAAAUCCUCACGAUCGAACUGGCCCUGGAGCUGUAGAGGUUGCCUUAAAAUUUGAGCAUAGAAGCAGCAAAGGUUGUAACUAUGGGCCACCUUAUGAGUGGCAGGUCUACAAUGUCCUUGGUGGUAGUCAUGGUGUACCGCGUGUUCAUUAUAAAGGACGGCAAGGUGAUUACUAUAUUAUGGUCAUGGAUAUGCUUGGUCCUAGUUUAUGGGAUGUCUGGAACAACAAUUCCCAUAUGAUGUCUACUGAAAUGGUAGCAUGCAUUGCUAUUGAAGCUAUCUCAAUAUUAGAGAAGUUGCACUCUAGAGGGUAUGUUCAUGGAGAUGUAAAACCUGAGAACUUUCUUCUUGGACCACCUGGAACUCCUGACGAGAAAAAAUUGUUUCUAGUUGAUCUUGGAUUAGCGACAAAGUGGCGUGAUACAUCAACUGGUCUACAUGUUGAGUAUGAUCAGCGGCCUGAUGUCUUUAGAGGAACUGUAAGGUAUGCUAGUGUGCAUGCUCACCUGGGACGGACUGGAAGCAGGAGGGAUGAUCUAGAAUCUCUGGCUUACACACUCAUUUUCCUUCUCCGAGCCAAGUUGCCGUGGCAGGGUUAUCAGGGUGACAAUAAAGGUUUCCUUGUCUGUAAGAAAAAGAUGGCAACCUCUCCGGAAACUCUUUGCUUACUCUGCCCUGUUCCAUUCAGACACUUUGUGGAGUAUGUUGUGAACUUGAAAUUUGAUGAAGAGCCUAACUAUGCUAAAUAUAUCUCCUUAUUUGAUGGGAUAGUAGGCCCAAAUCCAGACAAUAGGCCAAUUAACACUGACGGUGCACAGAAGCUUAUAUAUCAAGUCGGACAGAAGAGAGGCAGACUGACAGUGCAAGACGACGAUGAUGAACAACCAAAGAAGAAGGUGCGAAUGGGAAUGCCCGCAACACAGUGGAUCAGUGUUUACAAUGGUCGUCGCCCCAUGAAGCAAAGGUAUCACUAUAACGUUGCUGAUGAGAGGCUAGCUCAGCAUAUUGAUAAAGGAAAUGAGGAUGGACUAUUUAUCAGCAGUGUGGCCUGCUGUUCGAACUUGUGGGCCCUAAUCAUGGAUGCAGGGACUGGAUUUAGUGAUCAAGUUUACAAAUUGUCACCUUGUUUUCUUCACAAGGAAUGGAUUAUGGAGCAAUGGGAUAGGAAUUAUUAUAUUAGUGCUAUGGCAGGAGCUAGCAAUGGGAGCUCUUUAGUCGUCAUGUCAAAGGGUACUCAGUAUCUUCAGCAAUCUUACAAAGUCAGUGAGUCCUUUCCAUUUAAGUGGAUAAACAAAAAAUGGAAGGAAGGUUUCUAUGUCACUGCCAUGGCUACUUCGGGAAAUAGAUGGGCAAUUGUUAUGUCUCGUGGGUCUGGGUUUUCUGAUCAGACAGUGGAAUUGGAUUUUCUGUAUCCUAGUGAAGGGAUCCAUAAGAGGUGGGAUGCUGGUUAUCGUAUCACAGCGACUGCAGCUACAUGGGAUCAAGCAGCUUUUGUUCUAAGUAUACCAAGAAGGAAACCUCCUGAUGAAACGCAAGAAACACUUCGUACCUCUGCCUUUCCCAGCACUCAUGUCAAGGAGAAAUGGGCAAAGAAUCUUUAUAUUGCAUCUGUCUGUUAUGGACGAACUGUAUCUUGAGACAAAAAGUGUUCCUAGAAGUACUUCCAAUGGUGCCAUGAGAUUCAAUAUUGUAGUGCUUGAACAAGUGCCUGCUAUCUUUGGUCUAAUUGAGAGAAAUGGAUGGCAAUAUCUACUCGUCAAAUCUGACUCUUUUUUCUCCUCUGAAGAUGGUUUUUGCAAAGUACCCUGGCCAUUAGUGUAUGUGAUUGUUCCUCAUGUCCAGGAUGGUAUUUUUGUCAGUCAGUUCAUGAGUGUAAUUUUUGAGAGGUGGGGUGGGGUGGUGGUGGUUAUUAUUGGUCAAAGUUUGUAUAGGUCAAAUAGAUCCUUUUAGGGAUUAAGCCAAACAGGCUUUCUUUGUAGUAUUAUGAACCAUGCAAGUUAAGAUUUUGCUAAGGAGUUGAAACAUUGGCAAUCAAUCUUCUCUUUAUUU